AUGCAUCUGGUGGUGGAGUCCCCUCAGGAGGCUGUACUGAAGAUGCUGCCCUAUUUUGUUGAGAACGCCGUGCUGACCCAGAGUGAGAUAUGCUGCAUGUGAGUUUAGCAGAGUGCUUCUGUGUAGAGUGGGUGGGGAUUUCUGAACCGGUCCCUCAUAGAUGUAGUGUGUGAUCUACAAGAAUAGAAAUGCUAUAAGAUUAUUUAAGUGUGUGCCUGUGUGGUUCUAAGACAGGAGUGCACCCAGUGCUUCUUAGUUGUGUAGAAUGUAUGGAUGUGUACGACAGAUAACUCAGUGGUGUACAAAUGCAUUAGGAAGGCUACUGGGAUGUUAUUGUGUACUUACACAAUCUGUCCUGCUAACUUGUCCGUCCAUCUUAAAUGUUACACUUCCCUCUAUAUAUUUGGACACAAUGACUGCUACAUCAAGCUUGUGAAAUGUGGAUAUUUUUGCAGCUUGUUUUGGUUGUGUUUCGGAUUAUGUUUUGCCCAAUAGGAAGUGAAUGGUGAAUAAUGUGUUGUGUAAUUUGAGUCACGUUUAUUCUAAGUAAGAAUAGAAGAUCUUUCUGAACACUUCUACAGUAAUUAUGGAUAAUCAUGAAUGAAUUGUGAAUGAUGAUGAGUGUGAAGGUUGAAGAGGGACAAAGAUCAUACCCCCCCAAAACAUGCUAACCUCCUCUUUGUAAUGGUGAGAGGUUAGCAUGUUUUUUUGUAGCCUCUGUAACUUUCUCAAUCAUCAUUAUUCAAGAUGUGUUCAUGAUUUUUCUUUAAUCAUGCCAUUACAUUAUCAGGAUUAAUGUAGAAAAUUACUCCAGUCAUUAUUCACCAUCCAGUUCCUAUUGGGCAAAACAUAACCCAAAACAAACUGCAAAUGGAUCCAACGAGUUUGUAGAGUCAGAAGCUUGAUGUAGUCAUUGCGUGCAAGGAAUAUGGGACUAAAUACUACACUUUUUACUACUUGAAUACCCUUAAAGUGAAUACAUUUGUCCAAAUACUUAUGACUUCAAAUGGGGGGACUAGAUAUAUAAAGUGUUUUAAUUUCUAAAUGGUAAAACAUAUGUAUGAAAAUACCAUCAAAUAAAAGGUGACAUUCUGUACUGUCGCCUCAUAUGAAACAUUUAAUCUCAAAUCCAAAAUGCUGGAGUAUAGAGACAAAUGUAAAACAUUUGCUUCACUGUCCAAAUACACACAGAGGCGUGUCUAUAUAGCCUAGCUACUGGCUUGAAACUUCCAUAGAUCAACUGUAGAGCAAUCAUGGGAUCAAGUUAAUGCGCAUAACAAGCCUGAUACUAAAAGUAGUCAUACACUUGGCGAUUGUAUGAAUUCUGCUCAUUCAGAGUGAAGAGCCUGUCUUCUUUUCUCUCCCUGAAGAAUAGGUAGGCCUACUCUAUAAUCAUAAGGGAUCAUUGAGGCUAUUUGGCAUGCCUCUCUGUUGUUGUCUUUGUGUGCCGUGAUAGCAGAUAUAUUUUUAGCCCUGGUGUUAGUGGAGAGGCUGAUAGCAGGGUGGGUGCCGGAGGACUGGAGACACCAGAGUAGAGCAGAACAGAAGCUAGUUAAUUAGACUGUCUUAGUAUGGAUCAUGGUGGAGGGCUGGUGAUUUACAUGGCAGGAAAGGAGAGGACGGUUCACGUUCAACACAUCCUCCGGUUGGUUUCUCACUGUGGUUUACGCAUGCAGCAUAUUUCAAUGGAUCAUACAGCAUUGCGUGUACUAUGUGUAGAUUCCAACAAAAUAGAAUGAAACUUUCAUUUUUUUCUAGUAAGAGAGAAAUACUGUAUGUUUACAAUUCUAUAAUAGAUUGAUAUCCUGCCGAGAUAUCACAGGGAAUGCUGAAAGUGGUAAGCUAGAUGAAGGAGGUAGAAUUUGAAAAGGUGUUUGAUGAGGAUUAUCUCUAGUGGCUUUCCCACACUGUAACUGCACACACAGUGACAUGAUGUUUGAAGGAGGUGCUCCAUUUCCUCCUAUAGACUUAGCAAGCUGCAGUUCUACCUCAUAUUCAUCAUUCCCUGACAGGAGUCUCCACACAGCCCCAUACAUUUAAAAACAGGGGAAAGGAGGAGAGAAACACAAGGCCAAAGUGAAACAAAGGCUCUUGUGAUUAGCAGCCGGCCACCCCCAUGGGCCUGUCACUGUGGAACUCUGUCUCUGUGGUCGGGGGGCAGGAAUUUUAGUGUGACUGCGGCACAAAGCAGAGCCUGUUAUUUCAGUGUUAUUGUAUGCUUGGGCCAGGCCUCUUCCUCCUCUGGCCUGGACACAGGAAGUCCAGUCAGGGACAGACAAUGAAGGAAGGGGGUGGUGGGCUAACUCAGGGAUGGUUCUUGACCCUCACAGGGCUUAAAUAUGUGACCCCAGAAUGUUUAGACUAACCCCCUUUUCAACCAGACUUUUGUCAUCAGCGCAACCUAUGGCAUUUAUUGUCUCACCUGAAAUACUGGUUUAGACAUUUAACAAUACAUAGGCUUUGGUGUUGUCUAGUUUUCCUGUUAGGUGUUGGUUUUGUUCCUGUCUCUCAUCACACCUGUACUUUCCAAUGACAUGCUGGUUUGCUAGACUGCACAAACAGGGUACAUUGGGUAUGUGUUCCGCCCUUCUUUCAGGUGGAUUUAUGAGCCUGGCGAGAGACUCAUUCUGAAAGCACAGUGUAAGCGAUUAAUUGGAGCUAGCAUGGAGAACAGCUUCAGCCCUACUUUGUCUUUCACCAUCACCAUGCUAUAUUAAUUGUCACCUGCAGAUUGCUCAGGAAGUCAAUGAGAGGUUUGCCAUAUAGCCUAGACAGGUGAGACGUAUAAAUGCUGUGUGUAGCUCCGAGGAAUGCGUUACAAAAUACUGCAGCUAAUUAUUCAAGAUGUUUUGCAUUUAGCUGGGCCAGCAGAGACCUGACAGAUCCCAUCAGAAUGCAGCAGCUCAUGCAAGGGAAAAAGGACAGAUAAGCGUUCAUGAUCAAAGCUUGAUUCAUAGCUGCUGUAGGUUGAGGCUCCAGCUCCCUCUCAAACCUGGCUUACUGCUGGACCUUUCCUAUUGGGUUUAGUGGCAGAAAUAGUGGCAGCCAACACCCAAGAUGUAUCCUCAUCUCAGUGCCUGUCUGGGCCUCCUGACCUGAAGCCCUAUAUUAAACACUGUCUGGUCCCAGUAUUUGAUCCCCUGCUGAUUUUGUACAUUUGCCCACUGACAAAGAAAUGAUCAGUCUAUAAUUUUAAUGGUAGGUUUAUUUGAACAGUGAGAGACAGAAUAACAACAAAAAAAUCCAGAAAAACGCAUGUCAAAAAUGUUAUAAAUAAAUUUGCAUUUUAAUGAGGGAAAUAAGUAUUUGACCCCCUCUCAAUCAGAAAUAUUUCUGGCUCCCAGGUGUCUUUUAUACAGGUAACGAGCUGAGAUUAGGAGCACACUCUUAAAGGGAGUGCUCCUAAUCUCAGUUUGUUACCUGUAUAAAAGACACCUGUCCACAGAAGCAAUCAAUCAAUCAGAUUCCAAACUCUCCACCAUGGCCAAGACCAAAGAGCUCUCCAAGGAUGUCAGGGACAAGAUUGUAGACCUACACAAGGCUGGAAUGGGCUACAAGACCAUCACCAAGCAGCUUGGUGAGAAGGUGACAACAGUUGGUGCGAUUAUUUGCAAAUGGAAGAAACACAAAAUAACUGUCAAUCUCCCUCAGCCUGGGGCUCCAUGCAAGAUCUCACCUCGUGGAGUUGCAAUGAUCAUGAGAACGGUGAGGAAUCAGCCCAGAACUACACGGGAGGAUCUUGUCAAUGAUAUCAAGGCAGCUGGGACCAUAGUCACCAAGAAAACAAUUGGUAACACACUACGCCGUGAAGGACUGAAAUCCUGCAGCGCCCGCAAGGUCCCCCUGCUCAAGAAAGCACAUAUAUAGGCCCGUCUGAAGUUUGCCAAUGAACAUCUGAAUGAUUCAGAGGAGAACUGGGUGAAAGUGUUGUGGUCAGAUGAGACCAAAAUCGAGCUCUUUGGCAUCAACUCAACUCGCCGUGUUUGGAGGAGGAGGAAUGCUGCCUAUGACCCCAAGAACACCAUCCCCACCGUCAAACAUGGAGGUGGAAACAUUAUGCUUUGGGGGUGUUUUUCUUCUAAGGGGACAGGACAACUUCACCGCAUCAAAGGGACGAUGGACGGGGCCAUGUACCGUCAAAUCUUGGGUGAGAACCUCCUUCCCUCAGCCAGGGCAUUGAAAAUGGGUCGUGGAUGGGUAUUCCAGCAUGACAAUGACCCAAAACACACAGCCAAGGCAACAAAGGAGUGGCUCAAGAAUAAGCACAUUAAGGUCCUGGAGUGGCCUAGCCAGUCUCCAGAACUUAAUCCCAUAGAAAAUCUGUGGAGGGAGCUGAAGGUUCGAGUUGCCAAACGUCAGCCUCGAAACCUUAAUGACUUGGAGAAGAUCUGCAAAGAGGAGUGGGACAAAAUCCCUCCUGAGAUGUGUGCAAACCUGGUGGCCAACUACAAGAAACGUCUGACCUCUGUGAUUGCGAACAAGGGUUUUGCCACCAAGUACUAAGUCAUGUUUUGCAGAGGGGUCAAAUACUUAUUUCCCUCAUUAAAAUGCAAAUCAAUUUAUAACAUUGUUGACAUGCGUAUUUCUGGAUUUUUUUGUUGUUAUUCUGUCUCUCAAUGUUCAAAUAAACCUAUCAUUAAAAUUAUAGACUGAUCAUGUCUUUGUCAGUGGGCAAACAUACGAAAUCAGCAGGGGAUCAAAUACUUUUUUCCCUCACUGUAUGACUUACCUGCUCUCCUUAUCUUCACUCCCUCUGUAACAUAGGGCUGUAAAAGGUGUAAGGAUUAUGUUAUAAAUUAGAACUGGAACAGUUUGCACAGUGCUGAACUGUGAGUGACCAUGUGGCUCAGUCUGCCCAGAUUGCUGCUUGAUCCAGAGUUUCUAACUGCUCUCUUCAUCUGUUGUGCUUUUGCAGCCUGAGCGAGAGCUUCUUCAUGGUGAAGGGUGCCGCCCUCUUCCUGCAGCAGGGCAGCAGUCCUCAGGACCAGAAAGCACAUCCCCACCACAAACAUGCAGGUGAGUACCUACCAUACAACCAAAGGACAGGACCCAAUGGAAGUUUGGGCUGCCAGGCAAAGUUGGUAAAUGGUCCCAAAACUCGAGACAAAUUAACUUCAUUACUCUGUCCAUCUUAGAGACAGUGUUGUAAUUGUUGUUGUUUUGUUUGGUUAGCCUAUUUGUUGCUUUGUCUGAUGAGUCUCUCUACCUGCUGGCCUGGAAAGCACACCAGAUGAGUGAGUGCACCCGAGUUGAGGUGGACAGUGUCUGGCUGAUUAUUAGCAUAUUCCAGACGUGUCGUGUGUAGCUUAGGCAGAUUAGUGGUUAAGUAGGACUACAGUAUGUGUGGCUGCUGGUUGUGUUCAGUAGUAGGCCUACUUCUGUUCCGUAUCAAUCAAAACAGGACACUGAGGGUUUGUCAUUUGGCAGUAGGGCUGUCCCCGACAAAAUACAUCUUCAUAGACCGAAAGUCAUCUGUUGUUUCGACUAAUUGAUUGGUCAACAUUUUUAAACAUGUAUUUUUCCAUAUAUAUAUAUAUGUGUUUGAAUAAAAUCAACUAUAUGCAUUGAGCUUAUCUGAUGCUUUAAGCUUACGGUUUGAUGAAAUAAGACAAAUGUCUCAAGAGGGCGCCAGAGAUCUUAACCUUAACCUGACCCAUCUAUUCUCCUCCCGCUCCUGCUGGCUUUCGCAGAUUCUGCCGUUACUCUCCUGAAGUUGCCGGUAAUAGGCUACACGAGGAGUCGGCAACCUUUCUCAUGUUGAAUGCCAAUUUAUCUUACCAUUUCUACCGAUCUGCGUGCCAGUUAUGAUUUUCAUAUUAAAAUUUUCAUGAAACAGUUUCAUUUAAUUUAUAAGAACGUUUCAUAUCUCAAAAUCAUUGUCAUGUGGUUAAUAUUUUGUUGCCAUUGCCAACUAUGUAAAAAUAGCCUACAUAAAGCCAACAAAUAAAAACAUUGCAGCCUGCAGGUAGAAAAAAUCCUGGUAAAAAAAGAAAAAAAUCCUAUAAAUCACAUUGGCUACACAUGGCCUGUCUGCAACGAACCUGAAACAUUGUACCAACUAUUAACUUGGGUCCGGCCGAUUGCAACAUUGUAUAAAGUAUUCUGGGGCCUCAGUGUUUCCUGCGCCAGUGAGCUCAGGACAGACACAGCUGUAGGCUAUUUGCGCAAGGGAUAAGAAGCAGUGCUUGACUUGGGCAGGAGCUCACUGGAGCUGAGUACGAGCACCUCAAAUGUUCUACUGCUUGAGCUCCUGUUCCUCUUAUAGAAUAUUAGCUCAAACGUAUUGUGGAGCUCCUGCACCUAACUAUAGUACCAGUUUCAGUCCAAGUCAAGCACUGAUAAGAAGGAAUCAGGUAGGCCUAUUUUAUGACGUUUCCACUGGAUCACAGCAUGACAUUUUUCCGUUUCACGCUAAGUGGUUAUCAAAAGGGAGAGAGCUGGAAAGAUUUUUCAAAUACAUUGAGGAACUAUUGUAAUUCUCAAUGGAUGUAAAAACAGACUUUGUUUGUUUGCGGUUUUAGGUGAAGAAAAUAUUACUUUGAGAAGCUCCACAUGUCAUUAGUGGUGGUGCGCGUUAAGCCAAUCAGAAAUACUAUCAGAUCCCCAAAUGGGCACAUUUAAAUGCCUACAUUUGCGCGCAGGCCAGGUAGCCUAUAGGCCUACUUCUAUGCGUGCGUGUCCUUACUCAACAUUGACAGGAGCGCUCCAAACAAAAGACAAUGACACAAUGAAAUAAACCAAAACUUAUUUCUCACAAGUGUAGCAUAGGUUGUGCACUCUGCAAACAAUGUGUCCACUCAGACAAUGAUAAUGGAAAGACUGGAAUAAUAAUAAUACUGAAUGCAUCAAAAGAGGUUCCAGUGUUUAGCCACCGGUAUAAUGUAAAGUAUGAUAUUUCAGGUAUGAUUCUAAGGCAGAGGUUUUAAUUGGUUAAAAACAAGAUCCUGCAGCUGCUUGGGGAGAGCUUAACAUGCACUCUCAAUAUCACAGAGAACCAAGGAUCGUUUUUUUUCUCCCACUGCUGUUCUAGUUUUACUCUGUGAGCCAUUAUUUUGUUCAUUUGAUUCCAAUUAGUUUCUCAUUUUUGGUUCCCUUGUUUAAGUGAAUUAAAAUGGAAUUUGGAAUCGUUUGCGUCACCAAGUGAGUUGACUGAACUUGAGGACAUUCAGGAUUGGCUGCUAGCCCACAUUGAGUGAUUCAGUUGGUAGGGAGUUACUGCAGGAUGCAGUCAUGUGUUUCUUAUAGAGAAAGUACUGCCUGUGGAAAGUGAAUAGGCCAGUUUUUUUUUUUAGGUUGUUUGCUGUAGGACAGAAUGUUUUCAAAUAGGAAUGGAUAAUCUCCUAAGCCUAGCCUCUGGGUAACGUUUAUCCUGUAGCCCACUACCAGUGAACAUUGCGCCUUGUAGUUAGAAUACUUAGCGGUGCCCUCAGGUUGUGAGGUGACUGAUUUCUGAUCCAUGAGCUGAGGCCACACUGUGCAGUCCCUUCUGUCUGAGUAACCCCAAUCUUGGCUGGCCACUAUCUUUUGUCAAAGCUGUAAUAGUGGCAGGAGAUAUGUCAUGAAAACACCACCCAGUGAAGAACUUGCAGAACUUCCAAAACAAAAAGAAAGAUACCCGAGUGUCAACUGAAGUGGGCCUCAACCAAACCAAAUGCAGAGAUUAGCAUUUGUCUCAGAAGUGAGACUGAGCAUCUGAGCUGAGCUGAGGAGAACUCCUAUAGCCCCUGGCUGUUAAGGCCCAGAACAGUUGCAGAGUAAAGUACUAACUUACUAAUACAUGUAAAUGAAUAUACAGUACCAGUCAAAAGUUUGGACACGUACUCAUUCAAGGGUUUUUCUUUAUUUUGAAUAUUUUCUACAUUGUAGAAUAAUAGUGAACACAUCAAAACUAUGAAAUAACACAUAUGGAAUCAUGUAGUAACCAAAUAAGUGUUAAACAAAUCAAAAUAUAUUCAAAGUAGCCACCCUUUGCCUUGAUGACUGCUUUGCACACUCUUGGCAUUCUCUCAACCAGCUUCAUGAGGUAGUCACCUGGAAUGCAUUUCAGUUAACAGGUGUGCCUUGUUAAAAGUGAAUUUGUGGAAUUUCUUUCCUUCUUAAUGCGUUUGAGCCAAUCAGUUGUGUUGUGACAAGGUAGGGGUGGUAUACAGAAGAUAGACCAAGUCCAUGUUAUGGCAAGAACAGCUCAAAUAAGCAAAGCGAAACGACAGUCCAUCAUUACUUUAAGACAUGAAGGUCAGUCAAUCCUGAAAAUGUCAAGAACUUUGAAAGUGACUACCUCAUGAAGCUGGUUGAGAGAAUGCCAAGAGUGUGCAAAGCUGUCAUCAAGGCAAAGGGUGGCUACUUUGAAGAAUAUCAAAUAUAAAAUAUAUUUUGAUUUGUUUAAUACGUUUAAUCGUUUUGAUGUCUUCACUAUUAUUCUACAAUGUAGAAAAUAGUUUUUAAAAAUAAAGAAAAACCCUGGAAUGAGUAGGUGUGUCCAAACCUUUGACUGGUACUGUAUGUCUGAACGUGUCUUUAUGAGGUGUCUACCUAUGGAUGAGCCAUGAAGCAGGGGAACAUGCCCAGAGCCAGCAUGGCGCCGACAGCUGUAAUUAAAGCCGCCCAGGAGGAGAGGACAUCGUUUGUUUGCCAGUCGUCGGAACACCUUGACUGACACAUGCUUGGCUGCCCCUCUUUACUUAUCAACACUGUAGUGGUUAGGGUUGUAAUUUAACGCCUCCAUAUCGAGUAGCCCUCCCUUUUUGUCUGUGUCCCAAAUGUGUCCCUAUUCCCUAUUUAGUAGGGCUGUGGUUAAAAGUAGUUCACUACAUAGAUAAUAUGGUGCCAUUUGGGACACAACCUUUAUCUCACCCCAAAUCAAAUCAAGCUUUAUUUAUCUAGCAUAUUUCAGACAUGAAUGCAACACAAUGCACUUCACAGGAAAAAACGAAUAAACAAUGAAAAUAAAAACGUAACCAUUUACUACACAAGAAACAUAAGAGGAUACAAAAAACGAAAGAUAGCAAUUUAAAACUGAAAGACUAAAAAAGCACCCAAAAGAAAACCUAAAAAGGUGUGUUUUAGGAUCCCUUUUAAAUAUGUCCACAGUUUUGGCCCCCCUCAGGUUCUCUGGCAGGCUAUUCCAGAGGCAGGGGGAAUAGUAACUUAAAGCUGCCUCUCCAUGCCUCUUGGUCCUAGGCUUUGGGAUGGUUAAAAGGCCAGUGCCAGAGGACCUGAGGGACCUACUGGGUACAUAACUUAAAAUUAUGUCUGAUAUGUAUUGGGGUGUACAAUUGUGGAUUGAUUUGAAAACCAAUAGAAGAGUCUUAAGAUUAAUUCUAAAACUCACCGGCAGUCAGUGCAGAGACUUUAAAACCAUUGUAGUGUGUGCUCUCCGUCUGGUCUUGGUCAGUACCUGUGCUGCAGCAUUCUGUAGGUUUUGCAGUUGACCAAUGGCUUUCUUGGGUAGACCAGAAAGGAGAGCAUUACAGUAUUAUUGUGCUGUCUGUGUUGAAGCUGCAACAUAAUUUCAGCCAUUUAGUGUCUUACUUGUUUCUGACUGAAAAGUUAUGUUACCGAAAUCCCUAAUUUGUUUACGAAAAAUAUUCCCUAUUCCCUCAACCCUUGCUCUCUUUACGUGAAACAUGUAAGCAUCGCAUGCAUGUGACCAAUAGGGCCGGACCUAUAGCCUAUCAUAAUCACAUCAAUAAAUUGGUUAUAAACUCUGAACACAGUAAUGGCGACAGCAAAAUGGAUGCGGAGGACGUGAAAAAUUAACUGGAAACGGGCAAAUGUUUACUGGUUUCUCAGGAGGGAAAGGGGAAGUCAGAUCUGUGGAAGACAUUUUGAUUUAGUUGUGCAAACUACUGGAGAUCAAGAAAAAGGAGGGUAUAGGAGCAAGCGUUGUGUGAGUAUUAUGUGUGCAUAAAGUUGCUGUUAGAUUACAAUAUUAUUAUUUUUUCUGACCAUUUAGAACAGUGUAAACAACACUAAAUAAAUAAGUGUACCAGAGAGUCUGUUCUAACAAAACAAAAAAGAUAUAUAAAGCCUUUAUUACAGCAGACUAAAAACAGUUGCAUGCAUUCGUGAAUUGGAGUUUAUUUAUUGUUUAGGCUAAUUAUUCAAAGAUCAUUUUAUUUAAUUUUAAAACGAAUGUGCUUGACUGCAUUUCAAAGCAUAAAUGUCUCGUAUGCUGUGUGAUGGCAUGAAUGAAUUAAUGAUUGAUUGAUACAGUAGCAUAUAUAUUGAAUUAUAAAUUGUGUGGUUAAAGCCCUGAAUGCUGAUUGGCUGACAGCCGUGGUACAUAUAUUUUUACUGCUCUAAUUACAUUGGUAACCAGUUUAUAAUAGCAAUAAGGCACCUCUGGGGUUUGUGGUAUAUGGCCAAUUUACCAUGGCUAAGGGCUGUAUCCAGGCACUCCGCAUUGCUUCGUACAUAAGAACAGCCCUUAGCCGUGGUAUAUUGGCCAUAUACCACACCCCCUCGUGCCUUAUUGCUUAAAUAUAGGCCUAAGUAAGUUACAGUAUUAAGACUAAACACGACACGCUCUUAGGCCUACAGCUCGAUGGUGGUUAUACAAGGCUACUAUAGAACGCCUACUAAUGAUAACGACAUUACUUAUUAUUAUAAUGAUGAUUGUAAUAAUAAUUGUAAUAAUAACAAUAAGAAGGAGAUCAAGAAAAAGGAGGGUAUAGGAGCGAGAGCUGCGUGCAUAUUAUGUGACAAACAGGUGCUGUUAGAUUACAAUAUUAUUUUUCUGCCUGUUUGGAACAGUGUAAAGAACACUAAAUAAAUGUAUAAGUAAUACCAGUCUGUUCUAACGAAAAAAACAAACAUGUAAAGCCUUUAUUACUGCAUAGCAAAGAUUAAAAACAGCCGAAAUUGCUUUAUCCGACAUUUGGCCGUUGCAUGAGGCUUGGUGCUCACGGAAUCAGUAGGCUAUUAAACAAACACUCAAACAGGCAACAGAAGCAAGAUCUGUCUUCUUUCUGAAGGGUUUUCUUGAUUUUUUACAUUGUAGAAUAAUAGUGAUGACAAACUAUGAAAUAACAGAUGGAAUCAUGUAGUAAACAAAAAAGUGUUAAACAAAUCAAAAUAUAUUUUAUAUUUGAGAUUCUUCAAAUAGCCACCCUUUGCCUUGAUGACAGCUUUGCACACUCUUGGUAUUCUCUCAACCAGCUUCACCUGGAAUGCUUUUCCAACAGUCUUGAAGGAGUUCCCAUAUAUGCUGAACAUUUGUUGGCUGCUUUUCCUUCACUCUGCGGUCCGACUCAUCCCAAACCAUCUCAAUUGGGUUGAGGUCGGGGGAUUGUGGAGGCCAGGUCAUCUGAUGCAGCACUCCAUCAUUCUCCUUCUUUAUAAAAUAGCCCUUACAUAGCCUGGAGGUGUGUUGGGUCAUUGUCCUGUUGAAAAACAGAUGAUAGUCCCACUAAGCCCAAACCAGAUGGGAUGGCAUAUCGCUGUAGAAUGCUGUGGAAGCCAUGCUUGUUAAGUGUGCCUUGAAUUCUAAAUAAAUCACAGACAGCGUCACCAGCAAAGCACCACCACACCAUAACACCUCCUCCUCCAUGCUUUACGGUGGGAAAUACACAUGCAGAGAUCAUCCGUUCAUCCAUACCGCGUCUCACAAAGACACGGCGGUUGGAACCAAAAAUCUCAAAUUUGGAUUCCAGACCAAAGGACAGAUUUCCACCAGUCUAAUGUCCAUUGCUCGUGUUUCUCGGCCCAAGCAAGUCUCUUCUUCUUAUUGGUGUCCAUUAGUAGUGGUUUCUUUGCAGCAAUUCGACCAUGAAGGCCUGAUUCACACAGUCCCCUCUGAACAGUUGAUGUUGAGAUGUGUCUGUUACUUGAACUCUGUGAAGCAUUUAUUUGGGCUGCAAUUUCUGAGGCUGGUAACUCUAAUGAACUUAUCCUCUGCAGUAGAGGUAACUCUGGGUCUUCCAUUCCUGUGGCGGUCCUCAUGAGAGCCAGUUACAUCAUAGCGCUUGAUGAUUUUUGCGACUGCACUUGAAGAAACUUUCAAAGUUCUUGAAAUGUUCCGUAUUGACUGGUUAAAGUAAUGAUGGACUGUCGUUUCUCCUUGCUUAUUUGAGCUGUUCUUGCCAUAAUAUGGACUUUAACCAAAUAGGGCUAUCUUCUGUAUAGCCCCCCCCCCCCCACACACACACCUUGUCACAACACAACUGAUUGGCUCAAACGCAUUAAGAAGGAAAGAAAUUCCACAAAUUAACUUUUAAGAAGACACACCUGUUAAUUGAAAUGCAUUUCAGGUGACUACCUCAUGAAGAUGGUUGAGAGAAUGCCAAGUGUUUGCAAAGCUGUCAUCAAGGCAAAGGGUGGCUAUUUAAAGAAUCUCAAAUAUAAAAUAUAUUUUUUAUUUGUUUAACACUUUUUUGAUUACUACAUGAUUCCAUAUGUGUUAUUUCAUAGUUUUGAUGUCUUCACUAUUAUUCUGCAAUGUAGAAAAUAGUAAAAAUAAAGAAAAAACCUGGAAUUAGUAAGUGUGUCCAAACUUUUGACUGAUACUGUAUAUAUUGGUGAUUUAUAAAGCCAGGCACAUUUAACAGUCUAUUGAUUAUAGACCUAAUUCAAUUGGGGUUUCCUCUCUCCUCAGUUUUCUUAGACAAUUAGGCUAAGGUAAGGGCUGUUUCCUCAUCUCUGCAGCUGCUGCCUCCGCCACAUUGUUCUCUUAACUUUGCUAUUAUGCACAUAGCAACAUAGGGAAAGGCACCAAUUCUAUGGCGCACUGAAGAUUAUGUUUCAGAACCGCGGACAGCGACCGUAUCCAAUGUGGGAGAAAGCACAUUUGUUAUAAAAUAAUAUUAGAUUUAUUAGUGUUGCACCAUUAUUUUUACAUAAUAUAACCAUAUACAAUUUCAGUAUCACAUGUCUUAGAGUGAUGGACUGUGCCAUCCCCGUUGCCUCCGCAAUGGAUUAGUCCACUGAGACAGGCGUGAAUCAAACAGGUGUCUUGUGCCCCAUGAAAUCAAAAAAUUAUUGCGAAUGCUCGACUAAAAAAUCUUUGUCGACCAACAGCCUAUCGACCAAACAAUCGACCAGUCGACUAAAUGGGGUCAGCCCUAGUUGGCUCUAAGAUCUUUUACAACUUUAACUAAGGAUGUCUCUGUGCUGUGGUGGGCAUGAAAACCAGAUUGGAAUUUUUCAAGAAUCAUUUAGCUGUAUCAAAACCAAUUUCUCCAGAAUUUUGCUUAAGAAUGGAAGGUUGGCUGAAAAUGUCUAAGAGCUGAAGAAUCUAGAUUACUUUUAUUCAGAAGUGGUUUCACCAUAGCAGUUUUUAGUGCAGUGGGGAAAGUGCCUGAACAGGGAGUGAUUCAUAAUAGCUUGCACUUCUUCAGAUAUGCAAUUAAAACUUUUUUGAAGAAGGUGGUGGGGAUACAUUUUCCCUUCAUUUUUUAGACACUGAGCAAAUUUCAGGUUUGCUGAGUGCAAACUUGAGCGUUGUGAAAAUUCUGUGCAACUUCCAUUGCGCGUUUACUGUGAACACUGAGGCUGUACCCGCUUUAAGUUACAGUUUUAACAGUGGCCAUGUAAGCUACUGUGGCUAUUUGAUCAUAUUGUUGGCCUACCAUAAAAAACAAUGGAGAAAAUACAUCCCAUAAUAUUUUAACAUAGCUGUUCUAUCAUUCAGCCUACAGUAGCAGCCAAUGUGUGGUGUUCAUUGUAGGCCUACUUUCCAUGAGAAGAAGAAAUAAAACUUGCAGGGCUUGACAUUAACCUGUUUAUCCACUUGUCCUUCAGACAAGGAGGUGACUGAAAAUGUUGUUGUUGUGUUUGAUGCAAGAAACCACUUUACAAAAUAAAAUGCAUUAUUAUUCCCAUACCAUUAUUACAGAGAAUCAGAACAUUUUUGCUACCCUCUGCCUAUUGGCUACUUGUUGUUGUGUUUGAUGCAAGAAACCACUUUACAAAAUAAAAUGCAUUAUUAUUCCCAUACCAUUAUUACAGAGAAUCAGAACAUUUUUGCUACCCUCUGCCUAUUGGCUACCUCGCUUAUUCAAGCCUGUCUCAAAAUACAACAAUGCCCCUUUAAGACAAACAAAUGCUCUUUACCUGACUCGCUUUUCAAAGAUGUCUAGAAAUGUGUACGUUUUGUGCUCUUGUAGGAAGCAAUUAUUCCCCUAUUGCCUGACUACAAAUUAUCUAUAACUGGGCUAAUAACUCACUAACUAGCAAAGGACAAAAUGUGCACACGUGGCUACAUGCAGCUCUCGCUUUGAUCUCUACUCACGAUCACUCAUGCUGUAAACAGUUCAAAGUAAAUGUCACAGAUCCAAAUGUGGCAAUGGUCUAUUUGCAUAUAGGCCUACUGCAGCUCUGAUUGUUUCUGCCGCACGGGUCUGUGUACAGUAGGGGCUGAGUAGUGUGUGUCAAUGCAAUAGAAUCCUACUCCGAUGCGUUCUGCCUACAACAAAAUAUCUUGCAUAGUUCGGUUUGUUUCGGUAUGCUGCAUUGAAAGUGGCUAAUAUUGCGUUGAUUCGAUCACAAUUGUCACAGUAAAGGGGAACGUUAACAGGGAAAACUAUAGAACAGUGAUCACCAAACCUUUUCUAAGUCAAAAUGCAAACGUAAGCCUAUGCAACAUUAACCAAUUAAAAAUAGUACUUUAGCAAUGAGGUUUGUGCAGUAAGCUAUAGGUCUAAUACAUUAUUCUCGCAUACUGGCUUUGCUUGAAUUGCCUUGCUAAUGCAUUGUUGUUCGGGCCAUUUAAAAAAAAUUAUAUUUCAAAAUUUGAGGUAGGCUAUAUGAUAACACCGGUAAUAGAUCCGUUGUUUUUUUUAGUGAUCCAAUUUACAUUUUAGUCAUUUAGCAGACGCUCUUAUCCAGAGCGACUUACAAUGAGUGAGUGCAUACAUUUUUCAUACUGGCCCCCCGUGGGUUGUUGUAUUUCUUGUGAAGCACAGCUGAGUGAGCAUACAUUUUAAAUAAUUUGCUUUUUAUUUUUAUUUUACUGGGCUGAUGGUGCCUGCAUCUGAUGUUCAGUCUCAGCGGAGGGAGAGAGCAGCAGACUGAGAGACCGCCUCUCAUUAUCCCUCCGCUCGCCCUUUCCUCCACUGACACUGACCAAAAAGGUACACCGUCUUCCAGCUGAUGGUGAAACUCGAGUCGCACCGCAUUAUUUCUGCCUCCUAUGAACAGAGAAAGUGAAAUAUUCCUCAAUAUUAAAAAAGACCCAAGCUGCUAAUAAUAACAACAACGCAAGCCUACACUUUCCUACUCAUUCAUUACUGCUGCAGUGCUUGUUGUAGCGCUGAGUGAAACGCAUUUUAUGGCUUAUAAAAGUGUUGAAUACAAAGUGUUGAAAGUGCUGAGUAAGGACUUAAACAUGAACUCACUCAAAAAAACAGCAUCUCUUUGCUGUAUUCGUUGACAGUCUCUCUCUAGUCAUGGUUUUAAACGUUUUGAAAUCUCACAGUUUCAACUUUGCUGUAGCUUUCUUUUACGCCUGCUACGUUACUGCAGACGCAGUCAUCUGAGUCAUAUGAUUGGUCAGCGGUAAGUUAUAGUGCACUUGAUUUGCUCUCUGGGCCUGCCGGGACACAUUAAAUUGUUCAAAAUGGCAACAGUUCGUCUACCCGGCGCGCAGGGCAGCUGUAUCGGGUGCACCUAAAUGAAGAUAAGGCUUUAUCGUUGGGUUUCUUAUAGGCGUUUUUGGCGAUCGACUAGGAAUGCCUUGGAGAUCGACCAGUCGUUCGCGAUCGACCGGUUGGUGACCACUGCUCUAGAACGUUGAGUGAAGUUCAAUCUCGUGCUUCUCUCUGUGGGCUGAUAUUUAUGCGUGGUAGUCCCGGCGGAGCUGCUCGGCAGUCUCGGGGCUACUGCUCGCGUUUAGAGGGAACAUUGGUAGUAGGCUAUUCUGAAUUAUUUCAUUUAUUUCUGAACAGACCGCAGUAACUAUAACUUUGGCAAAUUUAUUUCAAUUUAUCAGGCCUGCUGCAGCUCCUCCAGAAUCCUUUGCAUGGGUCUGUAAGAAAAUAAAUUAUGAAGUGCAAUGCUGGAGAGAUGAGAGUUGCAGGCUCAUGUCUAUCAGAGCAGAGAUCGGGAGAGAGGUCAUAGAAAGUGAAUCUCAUUAUAGUUCUGUGAGAGAUAGGAGGGGGGGGGGCAACUCGAAUGAACUUUGACUGCGUUUAUUAGAAAAGUGACAAUUAUUUUUCAUGCCACGAGAGGUACCGGAUCCGGCCAAAUUGGUUCCGGAACGAAACAGUCCAUGUGCUGUAUCCUGUUGUGGCAGGUUCCGGCUCAAAUUAAGCACUGGAAAGCUGUUUUGACUUUGCGGCUGUGUUAUCUGGUGGACAUAUUUUCACUCUGUCAAUGAAAGGCGCUGCAUGGUCAAUCUCAUGGCCUCUGCAGAAGGCAGGGCAUUCAAACUUCUUGCGCUUGGCGGAGCAGUGCAGAGCUGUUGUCAAGGAAAUGAGUUUGUGUUUAUACAAGACCUCCCGCCCUCACCUACCGUCAAACGAUCAUGUCAAUGUGGAGCGAUAUGUAGCCCUCCACAUUGUUAAACAAUUUAUGAGGCGCAUGGCGAUGCGGUGUGGAGCUAAAUUUGGCCUCUGCUUGCCUCCAGAGGCUCUGCAAUUGGGUCAAACCAUCUAUAUGGCCACAUUUUCGGAUCAAGCAUAAAUUGGCUCUUAGGUUAGUAUUGUGGAGUAACUACAAUGUUGUUGAUUCAUCCUCAGUUUUCUCCUAUAAUAAUAAUAAUAUGCCAUUUAGUAGACGCUUUUAUCCAAAGCGAUUUACAGUCAUGUGUGCAUACAUUUUUACAUAUGGGUGGUCCCGGGGAUCGAACCCACUACCCUGGCGUUACAAGCGCCAUGCUCUACCAAUUGAGCUACAGAGGACCACCUAUCACAGCCAUUAAACUCUGUAGCUGUUUUAAAGUCACCAUUGGCCUCAUGGUUGAAAUCCCAGAGUGGUUUCCUUCCUCUCCGGCAACUGAGUUAGGAAGGACGCCUAAUCCAGGCACUUGUCAUCUCCCGUCUGGAUUACUGCAACUCGCUUUUGGCUGGGCUCCCUGCCUGUGCCAUUAAACCCCUACAACUCAUCCAGAAUGCCGCAGCCCGUCUGUUGUUCAACCUUCCCAAGUUCUCUCACGUCACCCCGCUCCUCCGCACACUCCACUGGCUUCAAAAAAAAAAACAUUGUAAAGUGGUUAUCCCACUGGCUAUAAGUUGAAUGCACCUAUUUGUAAGUCGCUCUGGAUAAGAGCGUCUGCUAAAUGACGUAAAUGUAAAUGUAAAUGUAGUGAGUGGGUGUAUUGAUUCACCAUCCAAAGUGUAAUUAAUAACUUCACCAUGCUCAAAGGGAUAUUCAAUGUCAGCUUUAUUUAAAAAAUUGUACCCAUCUACAAAUAGGUGCCCUUCUUUGUGGUUGAAUCAGUGUUUGAAAUUCACUGCUUGGCUGAGGGACCUUACAAAUAAUUGUAUGUGUAGGGUACCGAGAUGAGGUAGUCAUUCAAAAAUCAUGUUAAACAGAGUGAGUCCAUGCAACCUAUGAUGUGACUUGUUAAGCAAAUGUUUACUCAAAGGUGUUGAAUACUUAUUGACUCAAGACAUUUCAGCUUUUCAUUUUUUAUUAAUUAGUAAACAUUUCUAAAAACAUAAUUCCACUUUGACAUUAUGGGGUAUUGUGUGUAGGCCAGUGACAAUUUUUUAAAAUCAAUUUUACAUUCAGGCUGUAACGCAACAAAAUGUGGAAAAAGUCAAGGGGUGUGAAUACUUCAUGAAGGCACUGUAUGUGGGUUGUUGAUAAACUUACAGAAAUUUUGAUAUUAGUUGGCAGGGGUCUUUACGUCAACAUUAUUGUGUUUUGAUAUAUUUCACUCACUCACUCAACAAUGGAGUAUAUUGAGUUCUCUUUUAUGUUCUCACUCAACAUCCAUUGCCCGUGGCAUGAUGAGUGAUGUUCAGUUUCAAAUGUCAAGAUUUGUUUUAUAUGACUAAAAUGUAUUUAUAAUCACAUAAAACCAUGUUAUCUGAUGACACUAACCAAUCAGGUGUUGUCAUGGAUAUCUUUUAUUUUUUAUAUAUUUUUUUAUGUUCUCUCGCAAUAGGAGACUUACCUCAGCACCUGCAGGUGAUGAUCAACAUUCUUCGCUCGGAGGACCGAAUCAAACUGGUAAGAGACAACACACACACACACACACACACACACACACACACACACACACACACACACACACACACACACACUUCCCCACAGCCCUGGCCAGUGACUAACCACCUGGCACCAUGACAUAGUCAACCUGCCUGAAUGCUUUUUAUUGUGUAUUAAAGACUUGUUUGCUCACUGUAAUUAUUUAAUAAUGAGAACAUGUUUGAACUCACACAGAAGAGCAUUACCAAGUGUUUCCAUGGUGUCUGUGAAAUGGAGAGUUUAUUAGUUUGUUACCUACCACUAUGUUCUCACACUCCAUUGGAAUGAUGCCUCCCAUGUAUUAACAAACUGUUUUUGACUGAGAGAAAUUACUUUAGAGGAUUGGAGUGUAUGUGUGUGUUAUGGUUGGACUGUAUUGGUGUUAUGCUCAUGCUAUGUACUUGUGGAAUUACAUGAUGCAGACUGUGUGUACCCUCUAUAUUCAGAGUCAGUUUGUAUUACCUUUAAUCAGAUUCACAUGUUGGGAGAGGUGCGUGGACAGGUAGGCCAUGUAGCCUAGUUGUUGAUGAACCUGUCAUGUCCUCUGGUACAGGCGGUGCGGUUGGAGAGUGCCUGGUCAGACAGAGUGCGCUACAUGGUGGUGGUGUACACCAGCGGACGACAGGACACGGAGGAGAACAUCCUGCUAGGCAUAGACUUCAGCGACAAGGACAGGUGUGUAUGGGCCUGGGCCUGGGCCUGGGCCAGCUCCUGGCUGUGUGUGUGUGUGUGUGUGUGUGGCUCUUUCCUCACUUGCUAUGGUCGUCCUUGAUGCCAGAUGUUAGACCCUUGUUGUUGUAGCAGCAUCUCCAUUUGAAGUCAAACCAGAUGUGUUGUACUGAUCUGCUGGGAACGUGUAUUUUUGUGUUGUUCCCAGUAAAAGCUGCUCCGUUGGCAUGGUGCUGCCUCUUUGGAGUGACACCAAGAUCCAUCUGGAUGGAGACGGGUGAGUGAGUCCCCCAUAGACAUACAAUUGUUCUAUAUCUGUGACCCCUCUGUCAGACUACAGCCCCCUGCUGGACACUCUGGAGAGAAACAGCUCUGUUUGCUUAAAGUUGUAAUAACUGGAAAACCUGUAACUGGAAUACCUGUAACUGGAAUAACUGGAAUACCUGUAACUGGAAUAACUGGAAUACCUGUAACUGCAAUAACUGGAAUACCGAGCACAGCACAGCCUAAUUUGCUAAAAUGACUUUGACCUCCACAUGUGUUUUGAUAGAGAGUUAUGUUUUAGUGGUUACUAGGUAAUAAUCAGUGUGUGAUCGGGGAGAGUCAUUGCCUGUCUUGUGUCUCCCUCAGGGGUUUCAGUGUGAACACAGUGAGCCGGAAUCAUGUCUUCAAACCUGUGUCUGUACAGGCCAUGUGGUGAGUAGACACAACCGUAGGAAUGACUGCGUAAUACAUUGUUGUUAAUGAAGCAAUCCCACAUCAAUACAUUGGCUGCUGAAUUCAUAUCAGAGCACACGGUUGAGGCAUUUCAAUACUCUCACUCUGCCAAAUACUGGUGUAGAGAUGCAGGUGCAUGCAUCAAUCAAUCAAUCAAUCAAAUGUAUUUUAUAUAUCCCUUUUUAUAUCAGCAAUUGUCACAAAGUGCUUUACAGAUACUCAGCCUAAAAUGAAUGCCAUUCGUUCAUGUGAAUCAGCUCAUUGCCCUUUAAAAGCCUAUUGGUAGAAAAUGAUUAUACUGCACCACAUUUCUCCCAGAUUAACAAAGAUGGUUGAUUGAAGAUAAAUUGACCCACUUUGACCAGUGUCUCUUUCUAACCCCUGUCCCAGGUCGGCUCUGCAGAUUCUUCACAAGGUGUGUGAGGUGUCCCGCAGAUACAACUACUUCCCCGGGGGCAUGGCCCUCACCUGGAUGGGUUACUAUGAGAGCUGCAUCGCCUCAGAGCAGAGCUGCAUCAACGAGUGGAAUGCCAUGAGAGACCUGGAGAUCUUGCGGCCUGACUCUCCCACCAUGUUUGUCGACAAGUGAGUCUACAGAAAUUGCAAAUGGAUAUGAAAUAAUAUAUUAAUAGUUUCACACAAAGUCAAACAUAUACAGUGGGGAAAAAAGUAUUUAGUCAGCCACCAAUUGUGCAAGUUCUCCCACUUAAAAAGAUGAGAGAGGCCUGUAAUUUUCAUCAUAGGUACACGUCAACUAUGACAGACAAAAUGAGGAAAAAAAUUCCAGAAAAUCACAUUGUAGGAUUUUUAAUGAAUUGAUUUGCAAAUUAUGGUGGAAAAUAAGUAUUUGGUCAAUAACAAAAGUUUCUCAAUACUUUGUUAUAUACCCUUUGUUGGCAAUGACACAGGUCAAACGUUUUCUGUAAGUCUUCACAAGGUUUUCACACACUGUUGCUGGUAUUUUGGCCCAUUCCUCCAUGCAGAUCUCCUCUAGAGCAGUGAUGUUUUGGGGCUGUCACGGGGCAACACAGACUUUCAACUCCCUCCAAAGAUUUUCUAUGGGGUUGAGAUCUGGAGACUGGCUAGGCCACUCCAGGACCUUGAAAUGCUUCUUACGAAGCCACUCCUUUGUUGCCCGGGCGGUGUGUUUGUGAUCAUUGUCAUGCUGAAAGACCCAGCCACAUUUCAUCUUCAAUGCCCUUGCUGAUGGAAGGAGGUUUUCACUUAAAAUCUCACGAUACAUGGCCCCAUUCAUUCUUUCCUUUACACGGAUCAGUCGUCCUGGUCCCUUUGCAGAAAAACAGCCCCAAAGCAUGAUGUUUCCACCCCCAUGCUUCACAAUAGGUAUGGUGUUCUUUGGAUGCAACUCAGCAUUCUUUGUCCUCCAAACACGACGAGUUGAGUUUUUACCAAAAAGUUCUAUUUUGGUUUCAUCUGACCAUAUGACAUUCUCCCAAUCCUCUUCUGGAUCAUCCAAAUGCACUCUAGCAAACUUCAGACGGGCCUGGACAUGUACUGGCUUAAGCAGGGGGACACGUCUUGCACUGCAGGAUUUGAGUCCCUGGCGGCGUAGUGUGUUACUGAUGGUAGGCUUUGUUACUUUGGUCCCAGCUCUCUGCAGGUCAUUCACUAGGUCCCCCCGUGUGGUUCUGUGAUUUUUGCUCACCGUUCUUGUGAUCAUUUUGACCCCACGGGGUGAGAUCUUGCGUGGAGCCCCAGGUCGAGGGAGAUUAUCAGUGGUCUUGUAUGUCUUCCAUUUCCUAAUAAUUGCUCCCACAGUUGAUUUCUUCAAACCAAGUUGCUUACCUAUUGCAGAUUCAGUCUUCCCAGCCUGGUGCAGGUCUACAAUUUUGUUUCUGGUGUCCUUUGACAGCUCUUUGGUCUUGGCCAUAGUGGAGUUUGGAGUGUGACUGUUUGAGGUUGUGGACAGGUGUCUUUUAUACUGAUAACAAGUUCAAACAGGUGCCAUUAAUACAGGUAACGAGUGGAGGACAGAGGAGCCUCUUAAAGAAGAAGUUACAGGUCUGUGAGAGCCAGAAAUCUUGCUUGUUUGUAGGUGACCAAAUACUUAUUUUCCACCAUAAUUUGCAAAUAAAUUCAUAAAAAAUCCUACAAUGUGAUUUUCUGGAGAAAAAAAAUCUCAAUUUGUCUGUCAUAGUUGACGUGUACCUAUGAUGAAAAUUACAGGCCUCUCUCAUCUUUUUAAGUGGGAGAACUUGCACAAUUGGUGGCUGACUAAAUACUUUUUUUCCCUACUGUAGAAAGAGAUAUACAGUAUAGGAAAAGUGAUGGUCUGCUGGUUCUGACUGACCCAUUGACUGAGAGUAGAGUAGUGUGCUAAUGAAGCCUCUGUGUGUCUGUCUCUGCUGAUGCAGGCCCACAGAAAGGGAACGGACAGAGUGCCUUAUCAAAGCCAAACUCCGUAGCAUCAUGAUGUUCCAGGACCUGGAGAACGUCACCUCUAAACAGGUAAGCAGAGUGGAGGGAUUAACUAAAUGCACACAUUAGCUGCGUGCCAUCCCUUUAUAGUGCACUACUUUUGACCAGGCCAAUAGGGCUCUGGUCAAAAGUAGUGCACAAUAUAUGGAAUAGGGUGCCAUUUGGCACACGGUAUUGAAAACAAAUAUCUUUGUAUUACAGCCUUACUGACUUGUAGUGUAGUCUUCAGUCAAUUUCGACCAGACAUUAUUUGAUGUAUUUUGAAACUGUAAUCAGGAAUAUUACAAGUAGAAGUGGUAGAAUAUCAAAUGGUUGGGAGUUGAUGACUUUGCUGUCGUCUCAGAUCCGAACGGAGCUGGAGCAGCAUAUGAACUGUAACCUGAUGCAGUACAAGGAGUUCAUCGACAACGAGAUGCUGCUGAUCCUCGGCCAGAUGGACAAGGCAACGCUCAUAUUUGACCACCUCUAUCUGGUUAGUCACCUGGCAACAACUCCUUAUCCAGAACUGCUUGGUACCUCUCAAACUCUAGCCUGGUCCCAGAUCUGUUUGUGCUCUUGCCAACUCCAUUGUUGUCAUUGGUAUGACAAUGAUUGACAAGAAGUUGGCAUGAUGGCACAAACCGACUGGCACUCAGGCUACUCAAACUCUGCUUAAUCUGAUGAAUCAAGUGCAUUUUAGAGUUUUUCUCAUUGGUUAAGGUCGGAUCUAUUUUCUCAAUUAGAUUUGGCCUACUGAAGCCAUGAUAUUUGGCUGAUACUGCUAGCAAAAGUAGUACUCUGGAAGAGCAACAUUUGGACAGCCAUAACUGUGGAGCAUGUGGAGGAAUUUACUGUUUAUUUAUGUGUAGUCAGUCUGACAUUUUUCCACAUUUGUUUGCAGGGAUCUGAAUGGAAUGCCUCCAAUCUGGACGAGCUUAAGGACACUGGGUAAGUACAGCCUUUUGCUAGCUACAAACAGUUCUAUUCCAUAGAAUGAAUUAUUUAUUGUCUCUCGUCUCCAACACUGUCAAUGGAGUUCUAUUUUUCAGAGGCACUAAGGUUGUCAUGAAUACGAUUGGUUGUCACAAAGGUUGUCUCAUCGAUAAAACAUAGAUUAGUCAUUGGUGUGAGUCAGAAUAUUGUGGGAGUAUUAUGGGAUAGUUUCUGUCUUCAUCCAAUAACAAACCGUCUCUUCACCAGGGUGGGCUAUAUCCUCAACGUCACCAGGGAGAUAGAUAACUUCUUCCCAGGAACAUUCUCCUACCACAACAUACGGGUCUAUGACGAAGAGACUACAGACCUGCUGGCCCACUGGAACGAGACGUACAACUUCAUUGUUAAAGCAAAGUAAGUCCUGUUAGCCUUGAAACAGGUAAGAGGGAUGGAAAGGAAAGAGAUAUUGCAAGGGAAAGAGCUGAUAAAGCAAGCUAUUCUUUACCAUAACACACUCCUGUGUAAUCCUUUUUUUAUUCAUACAGUACAUACAGUGGGGAAAAAAAGUAUUUAGUCAGCCACCAAUUGUGCAAGUUCUCCCACAUAAAAAGAUGAGAGAGGCCUGUAAUUUUCAUAAUAGGUACACGUCAACUAUGACAGACAAAUUGAGAAAAAAAAAUCCAGAAAAUCACAUUGUAGGAUUUUUAAUGAAUUUAUUUGCAAAUUAUGGUGGAAAAUAAGUAUUUGGUCACCUACAAACAAGCAAGAUUUCUGGCUCUCACAGACCUGUAACUUCUUCUUUAAGAGGCUCCUCUGUCCUCCACUCGUUACCUGUAUUAAUGGCACCUGUUUGAACUUGUUAUCAGUAUAAACCCUGUCCACAACCUCAAACAGUCACACUCCAAACUCCACUAUGGCCAAGACCAAAGAGCUGUCAAAGGACACCAGAAACAAAAUUGUAGACCUGCACCAGGCCGGGAAGACUGAAUUUGCAAUAGGUAAGCAGCUUGGUUUGAAGAAAUCAACUGUGGGAGCAAUUAUUAGGAAAUGGAAUACAUACAAGACCACUGAUAAUCUCCCUCGAUCUGGGGCUCCACGCAAGAUCUCACCCCGUGGGGUCAAAAUGAUCACAAGAACGGUGAGCUAAAAUCCCAGAACCACACGGGGGGACCUAGUGAAUGACCUGCAGAGAGCUGGGACCAAAGUAACAAAGCCUACCAUCAGUAACACACUACGCCGCCAGGGACUCAAAUCCUGAAUGUCCCCCUACUUAAGCCAGUACAUGUCCAGGCCCGUCUGAAGUUUGCUAGAGUGCAUUUGGAUGAUCCAGAAGAGGAUUGGGAGAAUGUCAUAUGGUCAGAUGAAACCAAAAUAGAACUUUUUGGUAAAAAGUCAACUUGUCGUGUUUGGAGGACAAAGAAUGCUGAGUUGCAUCCAAAGAACACCAUACCUACUGUGAAGCAUGGGGGUGGAAACAUCAUGCUUUGGGGCUGUUUUUCUGCAAAGGGACCAAGACGACUGAUCUGUGUAAAGGAAAGAAUGAAUGUGGCCAUGUAUCGUGAGAUUUUGAGUGAAAACCUCCUUCCAUCAGCAAGGGCAUUGAAGAUGAAACGUGGCUGGGUCUUUCAGCAUGACAAUGAUCCCAAACACACCGCCCGGGCAACGAAGGAGUGGCUUCGUAAGAAGCAUUUCAAGGUGCUGGAGUGGCCUAGCCAGUCUCCAGAUCUCAACCCCAUAGAAAAUCUUUGGAUGGAGUUGAAAGUCUGUGUUGCCCAGCGACAGCCCCAAAACAUCACUGCUCUAGAGGAGAUCUGCAUGGAGGAAUGGGCCAAAAUACCAGCAACAGUGUGUGAAAACCUUGUGAAGACUUACAGAAAACGUUUGACCUGUGUCAUUGCCAACAAAGGGUAUAUAACAAAGUAUUGAGAAACUUUUGUUAUUGACCAAAUACUUAUUUUCCACCAUAAUUUGCAAAUAAAUUCAUAAAAAAUCCUACAAUGUGAUUUUCUGGAUUUUUUUCCCUCAUUUUGUCUGUCAUAGUUGACGUGUACCUAUGAUGAAAAUUACAGGCCUCUCUCAUCUUUUUAAGUGGGAGAACAUGCACAAUUGGUGGCUGACUAAAUACUUUUUUUCCCCACUGUAGGUGAUUCUCUUGGUCAGAACCACGUUGGUAGUAAAUGUAUCUUCCUGCUGCUUUCACUUGAGGUACAGUAAUAGUAGCUUACAGAGAACUGUGAGUGACUUUACUGGGGUGUAGGACCAAGUCUGUGACCAAGUUGUCCUAGAGAAGGAAACUGAAGGUGGUUACCACUAGCAACCCAAAGGCUGUCGUUAUCUUUGCCACAGACAGAGAAUGGUCAUCUGAGUGACAGAACUGGCAGAGGAUUCUAGUAUGAUUCUCCUAACUACAGUUGAAGUCAGUCGGAAGUUUACAUACACUUAGGUUGGAGUCAUUAAAACUUGUUUUUCAACCACUCCACAAAUGUAUUGUUAACUAACUAUAGUUUUGGCAAGUCGGUUAGGACAUCUACUUUGUGCAUGACACAAGUAAUUUUUCCAACAAUUAUUUACAGACAGAUUAUUUCACUUAUAAUUCACUGUAUCCCAAUUCCAGUCGGUCAGAAGUUUACAUACACUAAGUUGACUGUGCCUUUAAACAGCUUGGAAAAUUCCAGAAAAUGAUGUAAUGGCUUUAGAGGCUUCUGAUAGGCUAAUUGACAUCAUUUGAGUCGAUUGGAGGUGUACCUGUGGAUGUAUUUCAAGGCCUACCUUCAAAGGCCUACCUUCAAACUCAGUGCCUCUUUGCUUGACAUCAUGGGGAAAUGAAAAGAAAUCAGCCAAGACCUCAGAAAAAAAAUUAUAGACCUCCACAAGUCUGGUUCAUCCUUGGGAGCAAUUUCCAAACGCCUGAAGGUACCACGUUCAUCUGUACAAACAAUAGUACGCAAGUAUAAACACCAUGGGACCACUCAGCCGUCAUACCGCUCAGGAAGGAGACGCGUUCUGUCUCCUAGAGAUGAACGUACUUUGGUGCGAAAAAUGCAAAUCAAUCCCAGAACAACAGCAAAGGACCUUGUGAAGAUGCUGGAGGAAACCGGUACAAAAGUAUCUAUAUCCACAGUAAAACGAGUCCUAUAUCGACAUAACCUGAAAGGCCGCUCAGCAAGGAAGAAGCCACUGCUCCAAAACCGCCAUAAAAAAGCCAGACUAUGGUUUGCUUCUGCACAUGGGGACAAAGAUCGUACUUUUUGGAGAAAUGUCCUCUGGUCUGAUGAAACAAAAAUAUUACUGUUUGGCCAUAAUGGCCAUCGUUAUGUUUGGCGGAAAAGGGGAUGGCUUGCAAGCCGAAGAACACCAUCCCAACCGUGAAGCACGGGGGUGGCAGCAUGAUACUCUGGGGGUGCUUUGCUGCUGGAGGGACUGGUGCCCUUCACAAAAUAGAUGGCAUCAUGAGGAAGGAAAAUUAUGUGGAUAUAUUGAAGCAACAUCUCAAGACAUCAGUCAGGAAGUUAAAGCUUGGUCACAAAUGGGUCUUCCAAAUGGACAAUGACCCCAAGCAUACUUCCAAAGUUGUGGCAAAAUGUCUUAAGGACAACAAAGUCAAGGUAUUGGAGUGGCCAUCACAAAGCCCUGACCUCAAUCCUAUAGAAAAUGUGUGGGCAGAACUGAAAAAGUGUGUGCGAGCAAGGAGGCCUACAAACCUGACUCAGUUAGACCAGCUCUGUCAGGAGGAAUGGGCCAAAAUUCACCCAACUUAUUGUGGGAAGCUUGUGGAAGACUAGCCGAAACGUUUGACCCAAGUUAAACAAUUUAAAGGCAAUGCUACCAAAUACUAAUUGAGUGUAUGUAAACUUCUGACCCACUGGGAAUGUGAUGAAAGCUGAAAUAAAUCAUUCUCUCUACUAUUAUUCUGACAUUUAACAUUCUUAAAAUAAAGUGGUGAUCCUAACUGACCUAAGACAGGGAAUUUUUACUAGGAUUAAAUGUGAAGAAUUGUGAAAAACUGAGUUUAAAUGUAUUUGGCUAAGGUGUAUGUAAACUUCUGACUUCAACUGUACUUUUGCAUUCAUGGUGUGUUAACCCUACCAGGAAGAACCACUCCAAGUGUCUGGUCCACUGUAAGAUGGGCGUCAGCCGCUCGGCCUCCACCGUUAUUGCUUACGCCAUGAAGGAGUAUGGUUGGUCGCUGGAGAAGGCCUACAACUUUGUCAAGCAGAAGAGGAGCAUCACACGGCCCAACACAGGCUUCAUGAGACAGCUGGCUGAGUACGAGGGCAUCCUGGACGCCAGGUACAGUCACACUCGACUACACCCUCUGUAAUUACCAUAGCCCAGAUCAACUAGGGUAGCCCAACAAGGGAUCAAAGCACUGAAAUAGUGCUGUAGGUUAUAGAUUUUGCUGUAUGUUCUAUGUGUAUUAUUUGAGCAUAUCUCCCAUGCUCCUCCUUACCCCCCCUCUUUUGUCCACUUCCAGUAAGCAGCGUCACAACAAGCUGUGGCGUCCUGACCGCCCCGACCCAGACUGUGACCUCCCUGAGGGCCAGCAGGCCCAGUGCUGUGGGGGGGAGGACCCAGGUAACCGGACCCCUGAGCCGGGGUUGUCCCCCUGCUAUGAGGAGGCUCUUGGGGAGAAGGGGGCUGCAUGUCCCCUUUCCCCCUGCAGAAUGAUCAGUCUGGAGGUGGACCCCGCCUACAACAACUACUACUUCCGCAGGCUGUCUGACUCGGCCCUGGACAGUGACCCCUCCACGCCUGUCCGCGCCCCGCACCUCCUGGACGUGGACCGGGUCUUCAUAGAGAUAGAGGACGUGGAGCGGGACGCCCUGUUGGAUGACGAGGCCUUUGAGGGGCGAGAGGGCCUGCCGCUGCCACACUUUGGGCUGGCUGGGGAGGGGACGGCGGCCCAGACCUCUUGCCGAGGACAAGAGCCCCUGGAGGAGCUGCGCCUGCGUCUGGAGUUCAGCACCGUAGAGGAGGAGGACGAGGAGGAGGUUCAGAAAGAUGAGGCAGAGAUGGAGGCAUUAGCACCGCCAGGAGGAAGAGGGGAGAGUGCAGGAGAAGGUGAUGGUGAAGGAGAGGUGGAGAUGGUUCAGGAAGAGGAGGGAGAGAAGGAGGGCAAUGGGCUGGACCUGGUAACCCUGAACCAGAACUCCAACAAUAACAACCACUUUAAUACCCUGUCCAGACUCAAUGUAAGUGGGAGCGGUUUUCAUUAUGGUGUCUUCUGUCUCUGUAAUAUAUAACCAAUUCAGAUGUAUAUGUAAUAGCUCAUAAUAAAUAGAUAACUUAACUACUAAAGAGUAAUGAUUAUUCUAUGUUUCUGACUUCUUGUUUCCCCUCUGUUUAGGACACUGCUCCUUCCAAACCCGCUCACCCAGUCAAGCCUUCAGCCCUCUCUCGAUCAGACAACAAGCCCAGCCAUAAAAUGGAUUCACUAGCCCAGGACGCUGAUCACUGCCUUAACCCCACACCCCUCCCCAGUGUCUCUGUGGAGGUCCCCAGUGCCACGCUCCCUCUCCCCCCCACCUCCCCCGACACACCCUGUUCCCCCAGCCUGCUGCACCCCUGUGGCCCUCUGUGUGACUGUGCCAACUGUGCUGCCCCGCCCUCUACACCUCUACCUGAUGCCCAGGACUCCCCCUGCUCUCUGACAUCUGAGGACAUGGCUGAUGUUCUGGAGGGUGAGGCCGAGGGUGAGGAAGGGAAGCUUUUAGGGGUCUCUGAGCCUUUCCCUGUCCCAGAGCUGCUGGGACUGAGCCUGGAGGAGAAGAGGCCGGCAGUGGCCUGCUACGUGGCCCAGCAGCAGGAGACUCUAGUGCAGCUACAGAGGUCAGGGCUGGUCCGCCGGAGGGCAGAGAGGCUGGAGAGGCUGUCAGGUCUGUCCCAGGAGGGGCUUCAUCCCCUGGAGCCUCUAGACAGCCCCCACUCAGGAGCCAGGGAGGGCCACAGCCCUGUGGAGGUGGAGUUCUCAGCCUUCCCAGAAGACUUCCCCAAGUCCUCCACGCCAUGCCCAGUGCCCCUAGAGCUGCUGGUGGUUCCUCUGACUAACGAGGCCCUGCUGGGUGCAGUGGGGUCUGGGGGGCUGACGCCCACCUCCUCCCCCCAUGGCUCCACACUGACACGUAGCUCCAGCAGUGACAGCAUCCGCAGCGUCAGGGGCAAACCCGGCCUGGUGCGACAGAGGGCUCAGGAGAUCGAGACCCGCAUGCGGCUGGCCGGCCUCACCGUACCCUCAAGCCUCAAACGCUCCAACUCACUGGCCAAACUGGGAAGCCUCAACUUCUCCGCUGAAGACCUGUGCUCCGUCUGCUCCUCGGAUGCAGGCACCCUCCUGCUCCUCUCUCUUUCCCCAGAGCCAGGCCAAGAAAGGGAGUGCCCCACCACCUCCAUCUCUUCCUCCACCCAGCCCAGAGCACACAGGGACCAGACCACCCCAGAGAGAGCACUGUCCGGGGGUCCCAGGAGCUGA